AUGUCGUCUCUUUUACGAUCAACCAAAUUUGUAAGAUAUUUCACCGGAGCCGCAAGAACAUUACUAUUAAACUCGGCAAAAACAGCUGAAAGCAACCUAUUACUUAAUUCUAAAGCUUUAAGCGCGGCUAAUAAUGUCCUGUUGAGAGAUUAUGCUACCAAAAAGAGUGAAAGUCUUGAGCCAUUGCUCCAGAGAUUGGACUCAGAAGUGAGAAGAUAUGGAAGGAUCACAAAAAGGGAUAUCGAUGAAGUAUUUGAUGAAAUACGAGCCAAGCAAGAUAUAACUAGUUCACAGUCAUUAUUAGUUAUCAGAUGCUGCGGAGAACUUGUGCCAGAAGAGCUACCUCAGCAGAGGACUCUCCUAGUUCAAAAGAUAUGGAAUGUUCUAACAGAGAGAGGUAUACCCAUGGAUGUAUCACAUUACAACGCAUUACUACGUGUUUACAUUGAAAAUGAGCACCCAUUCUCACCAGCACAGUUUCUAGAUGAAAUGGAAAAGAAAGGCCUACAGCCAAAUAGGGUUACAUAUCAGAGACUCAUGUGGCGUUAUUGUCAAGAAGGCGAUGUGGAAGGUGCUACGAAAGUUCUAGAAAAGAUGAGAGAAUUGAACAUGCCGGUUUCAGAACCGGUUCUAAACGCUUUGGUCAUGGGUCAUGCUUUCCACGGUGACACUGAUGGUGCUAAAGCGGUAUUGGAAACCAUGGCUGGAGCUGGUCUUCAGCCUUCUAACAGAACCUACGCUCUAUUGGCUUGUGGUUACGCCAAACAGGGUGAUAUUGCCAAUGUGGAAAACAUCAUAAGUACUGCAAAGGAUAAAGAAAUAAUAUUAGCUGAUAGAGACUUGUUAGAUAUAAUAGAACAUCUAGCACUCAGUGGUCAUGAGGAUAAAAUUGAUCAGAUAUUCCCAUACACACACAAAGGUCUGGGCUACAACCAGGAAGUUUGUAACCUUAUCUUCAAGUUACUGAAUAGCGGCUUAGACAGCACAGCCAAAAAACUUAUGAAAACUAUGCCAAAGACAAAUAAUACAGAUGACACACUUUUUAAGGGAGCUUUCUACAUAAAACAUUUGUUGAAACUGAACAGAUCAGUUGAUUCAAUAGUUGAAACUUGUAGAGAGCUGCAGAAUGAAGAACUAAUACCUAAUGCUUUAUACAUAGCUACUGAAUCCUCACUGACACAAGGUAAAUGUGAAUUGGCUCAGAGACUCUUUGCCGAGAUAGAAAAAGAUGGCGUUGAAAUAAGACCGCAUUACUAUUGGCCACUUUUAGUACAAAAGGGUAAAGAACAUGAUGAAGAAGGACUUCUUCACAUAAUACGUGAAAUGGGUUCCAAAGGCAUUGCAGUUUCCGGAGAGACCUUAAGAGAUUACAUUAUACCAUAUCUGAUCGAAAAUGAUACCCCCCAAAAUGUUAUAGUCAAACUCCAAAUAGCGAAUGUACCUGUUAUUCAUAGCGCAAGGCAGGUUAUAAUCGAAUUGCUAGAAUCCGGGAAACUAGACAAAGCCGCUGAAAUUGCUUUAAGGUAUCGUCUAAGAGGUCAAUAUUCGCAAAUCACACGUCCACUUAUCAAUAGUUUGGUUAAAACCAAAGAUGUGGAAUCAUUUGUUAAGCUCCUACACGUUGCUAGCAGUCCUCAAACACAGGAAGACGUAUCUAAUGAUGAUAGGCCGAGUGAAGACAAUAAUAUAAGUGAAGUCGGACGCAUUCUUAAAAUAGCUGUUAAAAACACGGCUAGAAAUGAUUUGACAGAGGAUAUUUUAAGCCAAGCCUUGUCCAAAGGUCUUAGGAUUGAUACGGCGUCAGCUGAAGAAAUCCAGAGAUUUCUUGGUGAUAAGAUGACAACUAACAUAUCUGAAUUGCUCUCAAAACUAACGUCUUCGAGUCUGGAAUUAGCACCUUUAGAAGUUGUCAAACGCAAUCAAGCACCGCGUAGUGCUGCUCAGUUGGAGCAGUUAUUGGAACAAUUAAAAUCUAAGGAGGGGAAAAACGUCAAUCGGUUACAAAAACAAGUUAUCACAGAGUACAUAAAAGAAAAUAACGUCGAAAAAGUUACUAGUAUAGUUGAAGAUUUGAAAAAUUCACCUGAUUUCGAAAUAAAUUUGUCGACUUUGGCACAAUUAUUUGAAUUUUACUGCGACAAUGAUAUGAUCGAAAAAGCCAUGGAAGUUAAAUCACAAAUUGCAGCUAAAGAUAAGGAAUUUCAAUUGAACAAAUAUAAAUUGGUACUGAUGGCGAACGCUUUAGUAAGAGCGAACAGAUUCGAUGAGGCUUUCCAAUUUCUGAAUGAUAAUAAAGGUUCUGAAAAUCCAGAGACCAUAGCAUUCAUGGUAAAAUCCAAAAUCUGGCAGAUGUUGAAUAAUUUGGCGGAGCAAAAGGAUGUAGAAAAAGUGAAGCUAAUGACGAAAACUCUACUCGAUAACAAUUACAUUGAACCCACUAAUGUUAUUUUAGGGCCGAGCAUUAAAGUUCAUUUGUUGAAUGAUGAUAUUGAGGGUGCACUUACAGAAUUCGAACAUUGUUGCAAACAAUACAGGAGUACUCCGUGGAAGGGUGAAUUGAUGAAAACUCUUAUAUUGAAGGAAGACGCCAAUAAAUUACAGUGGCUCGCUGAUAUAAGCACUCAGAUUCACGGCGAAGUUAAUAUCUUACAUGAUUUAGUGUUGGCUUUUGUGGAAUGUGGUCGGCUCAGACAAGCAAGACGUAUACUUGAAACUCCUGGCUUACAUACACGACAAAAAAGAUUACAAGAUGCCUGCCAAAGAUAUGUUGAGGAAGGCAAAUCUGAAUACUUGGAAGGAUUACUUGAAGCUACAAAAGAAUUAUCACAUAUUGACCGUUCAAACAUUUUCUAUCAGUUAUUAGUAACAUAUUGUAAAGCGGAUGAAACAGAUAAAGCUUUGGGACUUUGGACGCUAUUGCAAGAAGAAGGUGAAAUUCCUAGCGAGAAAUUCCUUACACUCCUUGGUAGUCAUCUGAUAUCCAAAAACAGAGAAGUGCCAUUUGUAAUGCCAGAGAAGAAAAUGCAAAGUCAAAAACCAAAGGUUCAAGUGCAAAAAGAAAAUGAAACUAAAAAGGAUCAAGAUAUCAAAAAAGCUGUACCCAAGCAAACAAUUACGGAUCAAGUUGAACAAUUAACAAAAGAAGAAAAACUUUCAUCGGCUACAGAACUCGCUCUUAAAUCAAUGGAGGAUGGUGUUUUCCCAAAAUCAAACAUACUCAAAUUCCUAUUAAGAAAACUGGCUGACGAGGGGGAUGUGGAAAGAAUUAAGGCCAUAGGGAAUUAUUUAGGUGAAUCGAAACGUCGCAAGGUUACCUUUGAUGAUAAAUUAACAUUAGCGAUAUUCAAGCAAGGAGGCGGCUCGGCUCAUAUAGAAACUGUAUUGAAUGCUGUGAACUCAGCAGCAAACGAUACUGAACUUGAAGCUGCCCUUAGAUCUUUCCCGAGAAGCAAUGCUUUGGCUAGCUGCAUCACAAAUGAAGAACUUGUGUCUAAGUGCAAUACUGUCGUUGAAAUCGCUGCAUCCAAAGGAUAUCCGUUACCUGCUAAUCUAUUGUGGAUGGAAUAUCUAUUGGCCGGUAAAGAUAAUGAAGCAGACGCUCUAUGGAACAAAUGUCUACAUAACAGUGGCACUAUUGUGUUCAGAAGACUGCUCCAAGAGGCACACGUCCGUAAAGAUCCGCAGCUGAUAAUCAAAAUGAUAAAAAAAUUGGAAUCCAAUAACAAUAUUUCCCCGACUUCAGUGGGAAACGCUUAUUCUAGAUUGAUAAAUUUACACCUAACCGAUAAUAACAUCAGCGAAGCUAAGAAGACUCUAGAAAUGGCUUUGAACAAUGGUUUACAAUUGGAUCACUUAAAUCAAUCAAGUUUACGUAAAUUAAAGGAUUUGAUGGAAAUGGAGUCAUUACGUAGAGGUGGAAGAUUUUAUUUGUGUUGGGUCGCAGAUUCAUGGCCAUUGCGUUUUGCUACAAUAACUCACCGUCAGCUUUGGGCGCAAGACAUACGACAAAUAUGUAAUGACUUGCUCGAAGUUAUGAAAAAUGAGUCCGGUCGACCCACGAAUAGAUUUUCGCUGCGACUCAGUUCGCAACUCUUGCGCGGUCUUGUUCGGCUUUAUCAAAGGAAAGUUACCGUGUUUGUUGGAGAUCUCUGCAUGAUAAAUGCUCAUGUAAUGAAAACUACUCACAAAAAAUCUAUCUUUGAGCCAAGUGAACACGUCGUCAAAAGACCCCAGUUGCCUCCACUUAUCUUCGAGAUUCAGCCCGACGAGGAAGCUGUGGAAGAAAAAAUCCAGAAUAGCGAUAAUAUUGUGGCUCGUGUAGAAGACAUAACUUUGAAAGAGCCAACGCUGCUUGAAAAUAGGAUUUUAUUAGAUGAUGGUUUUGGCGAACUGAAUCCCGAUCAAGCAUUACAAAUGAUGGGUGAAAGGAGUUUAGAGAUGCUGAUGUUUCCAGACAAUCAGGCGCAACAUAGCGUCCUAGAUUUGCCACUCGAUUUUUCAACCGAAAAAUCGCACGACAAAUCCAGACUCAUUCAACACGAAGCACAGAUGGAAAGACUGUCUGAACACGACGUGUCUGUGUUCGGUAAAUCUAUGACGGAAGCUAUGCAUAUUGGAGACUUCGAUAAAGAAAUCCCUGAAAUCCCCGACCUUCCGCAUCCCGAUCCUCACACAGAUAAAACAAAACUUGGAAUAGAUAAUGUUAAAGAAAAGGAAGUAAUUAAACGAAGUAAGAAAUCAAGAGUUGAGACUGAUGGAAUAGUUCUUGAGGAUUCUAAGGAUAUUAUCAGUUUGUUACCGACUGCUCAGGCGUUGUUAUCAAGACCUAUGAGAGAAGUGGGACGGACACUCGCACGAUACUUGAAAAAAAUAGAACGAACACAGGAAGAAAUUCUUCACAAAGAACAACGCUUUGAAAUGUGGACCACAACGUACAAUAUAGAAGAGCCGCAGGAAGUCGACACAUCCGCGGGGGAACAGUUACAGAUUGAGGUGUCCAAGGAAAUGGAUGUUCCACAAACAAACAUACAAGCACCGGACAUACAAAUAUACGAACCGAUAGAUGUCGCUGACUUACCAACACAGAAGUUAAAAGAAAUAUCGAGUGGAGAGAAACGAGUUAGUGACGAACAGAGAUCGCCAAAGAAACGUAGAAGCGGAUAUAUAACUUUUCGUGAUACUCAGCAAUCGACCACUUUGCCUACAGCUGUAGCAGACGAUGAAAAUGUACCAGGUUCAGUACAAAAAAGUCGUCUAACUGCGCUCUUACAUAAAGAAGGGCUCGCUGACUCAGAAGAACAAGGAAACAUAGAGAUUAGGAAAACAAACAGUUAUACAUCAGAGACACCGCUUGGUAGCUUGGACAGAACUAAGGUGUCUCUUGGAGAAUCAGAAAAAACUACGGACUCUAAGAGAUUUAUACGUGAGGAAUGGGGAACGCAAGGAACUAUGCAUAAGAUAUACAAAUUUAUAAAAUCUGGAGUGAAACCAGUUAAUGUAGAUCUGCUUAUUUCUUCCGGACCAUUGAUCUCGGGUUACAAACGGGUCAUAGUUGCUAGAUGCUUCAAUUCUAUACUGAAAUUAAAACAACAUGGUUUUAUAAGAAUUUACAAAGAUGCUGAAACUUAUGAGAUAAAAGAUAUUACUCUGGGAAGUAAAAUAAUACGCGAUUAA